GUCCUCCUCUCCUUCUGCAACAACAUGGCUUGACACACUGAAGUUGCAGUCCGGUCUGACUCACUGACCAGGCACCGAUUCUCGAUUUCUCGAUAAAUCGUUCUGAGUCAUCUCGAAGUGAUUCCAGGCUGAAUGAAAACCACGUCUACCUCUCUUCCCUUACUACCUGACUGUAGUAGGACAGUCAGGCGAAGCCUGCCUAGGUUUGAAGAUGAUGGUCGACGGCUCCCUCAACAGCCGGCUUCGCGCUGGAACGCAGCCCCAAGUUGCGGUCAUCCUCAAAGAAGCCCUCAAGACGACCGACACAGCCUCAUUAACUACCAACCUUCUUUCUGCUGCCGAAACAGGCGCUAUACCACCGACCGUCCUCUACAUCUACAUCGGCCUCAGCAAUGACCCUUACACCGUUGCAGCCGCCCUCCGACAGAAGUACAGUACCUCAAUUCGACGCGUGGCCAUCAGAUGCCUAGGGAGGCUGCUAGAGCCCGGACCCAACUUCGCAUCCUCAUGGACCGCGCUCGGAGGUGCCACGGGCAUCGCCGCACUCAUGCGCGAGCUCAGUGUGAACGAGGUCGCCUACAUUUGCCGCGUCCUUGGCCGAUCGCCCACGAAUUCAGACCUUGACGCCAGAGCAGAGCAGGAGAGGGCCAUGUCUGAGCUGCUUGGUAUGCUAUACCAGCUUGAUCCCGACAACGACGAGGAUGAGGACGAGAACAUUGCCGCCACUCGUGAACUGAGGCCGCUGAGCCAGCAGUUUCAGUAUCUUGUUCAGGCCUGUACGCUCGAGACCCGUGAGCAAUGGUACCGGCUAGUCAAUCCGAAAGAGCCCGAGGUCAAACCGAGACCUCCUUAUCCACGUUACAUCGAGCCAGGCCAGGAGGAGAAGCUCGAGGCUUCAGCUGACUUGUCGGCUGGAGAUUCCAAGCUGAGCGGCAUCGACUGGCUCUUGCGACAGAGUGUUUUGCGCCGAACUCGGAUGAUCAAAAACUUGCUCGAGCAAAUUGCCGAGUGUGAUGCGAAAGAUUUGAAGAUUAAGCCCGGCGUGUUCAUGCAGGAUAUCAUUGAACCGCUGGCAAGAAAGACGGCGAAGAAGAAGCUUCCCGCCGGAUUACGAGGCAAAGUGUGGGAUCUGAUUGUUUCGUGCGUCAAGAGAUGGCCGCAAGUCGUCGAUUCCCUCAAUUUCAGCCAGGACGGAGUGCUUGGGCUCGCCAUACGCAGAUUGAAGUGCGUCCCCACCGAGGAGCGCCGUCUCCAUGCUGGACGUGUUCUACAAUCUCUGAUAGAGCCCAUUCCGCCUGCUAAAGUUUCGCGCAUCAGCGACUACCGCAGUAUCUUGCUUCAGUUUGGCAACCCCGCUCAAAGGUAUCAGCUAUUCACCUGGCUGCUCCGUCUCAACGGGAUCGAUCUCGAGUCACCGGGUCAUGGCGACAAGGCCAAUUUGGAAAAGUUGUUAGAAACAGAUUUACCCUCUAAUCUCUUCCUGCUAUUGCCCUCAGACAAGAUGGCGGACUUCUUGAGUCUAGUCGUCGAGGUUCGGCCAGACAAAACCUUCCUCCAGCCCUCGAAUGGGUAUACCAUCUUAUCACAGCACGCGGAGCCCGCACGCGUUACUCACGGGGAUUUUCCGAUCCUGCAUUGCAUGCUACUCUCACGGUUGAGUCCAGAUGACCCUAGGAGGCUAGAGUCAGAAGUCUUCAGUAAUGUCGAAAGCACCGUCAAGUCCCGAAUACGAAAGUCCAGCCAGAGCCGCGAGUGGUCGGACAGAUAUUUCUGGGCGAAGUCGGCUCUUUUUCUCUGCAUUGCCGUCAAGUCCUACGAACUCUACUCCAAGACGCUUCUCUGGGCUCGGCGUUUCAACAAAGAUUCCCACACUUUGAGGUCUUUAUUUGAUGGGUCAACCAUCAUGACGUGCGAGGGGUUGGACCUCCUAUGCGGCAUUCCCCCUAGCUCCGAACUGUCCUUCACACCGGUUGAUACAGUCAAACUCCAUAUCUUGAAGGCAAACCAGAUUGUCAACCAGCUUUUCGAGACCGCUUUGGCAGCCCUGCACGAACCUCAAUUCAACCCCUCUGACUGGACUUCUCUUGGGAAGCUUCCAUCGAGUAUCACAAGAGAGAGGCUAUGUCACGUCAACGCUUUUCAGGCUUACCACGGCUUGUCUGAUGAUGAGAUCUAUAACAUCGUUUGGCUACCAACUAUUGAUAUGCUGAUCGAAGUCGAGCGGAUUGCAAUCGAGGAGGAUAACUCUCGGCUAGGAUUCGAGAGACAAGGCGGCAUGCUAGAGAAGUUCACGCCUAGGAAACUCCGAGAUCAUUCCUGGAAAUUCCUCAACAACCUGGCCAAGGCGCGUAACGAAUUGUGGCGGCAAAAGCGUGUCGCCAGGUGCCCAGCAGUGCUGACCCUUGCUGACCCUUGGCCGAAAGGGCUACCUGUCCAUGCCCUUUGCCCACUUAACUCCUUCGAGGACACCACCCCAAAACUGCCCUACGUGCUCUCAAGAGCCGAGGCAGUGGUGUUUGCUGAUUCCAAGACGCUCUUCAGUCCCGCGCCUACAGACGAAGAGACCCUGACCGCCAUCGCCGGUUUCGUUGAGGAUUACAAGGCUUGCGUCCGGAUUUACCUUGACGUCAAUUCCCGCCCUCAGGAUGAGAAUGAGGAUAUUCGCUGUUCCCGCCUCGCUCAAGUUUGGAGGCAUGCCGUUGAGCAAUUGAGAGGCGAGGGCUGGUUCGAGGAGGAAACCCGCCUGUUUUGGAUACAAUGGGUGUUCCGGUCUCUACCGGACCAUGGGCAGGAGCUCAUCAAGGCAAGACCACGACCCGCAGGGCCCGAGUUCCCAAGAACCGAUGACGCCAGGGAACCAAUAGAAUGGCACCCGGACCCGAAGGCACUCCCGCCCGCUAGAGGGUCGAGGCGUCGUGUUCCUGGCCCCCUUACUUGCUUGGAAGUCAUGCUCGGCGGUUUUAAGUACAAAGCGGAUCACGAUGAUGUGCUAGACUGGGCAGACAACUCGAAGCUGAGGUUGGAGCAGCCUAGCGACCCAUCAUUUUGGGAACCCGAGCGGUACAAACGUCCACUUUCCGGUGAAACGCAGGACGUGUACAUCGCGGCCGCGAUCCUCUACAUCAACAGCAAAGCCGGAUCCGACACGUCAUUGUUGAUGCAACCCUUCCCGGAGGCCGACGAGCCGCGGUUUCCUGCUUUAUAUUUGGCAGAUGAAUUCCUUGAGGCCAGCUCGAAAGAACCAGAAAUUGCAGUGCGAUGUGUCAGACUCCUUGACAAAUCCCGAGAUAGGGUACCCCCAGAGCUGCUACUUCGCCUUGCUUCCUCGUUGCUCCAGCGGUUAAACUCGACAGAUGGGAGGAAAGAUGGCCAUUCCGAUCAGAAGUAUUUGACCAUGGAGAUCAUCCGCCUGCUCUCCAAGACGGAACAGCCGUCAAUGGCAUUCGACCUCAUCCGGGAUAUUGUGCUGGACAAGCAAGAUGACAGUUCAUGGCACCGCCUUCUCUUUCACCGCGGCUUCCUCUCCCGUCUGCCAGCCGUAGAAGCGAGACAAUUUUUGGAGAGCAUAGCGGACGCCAUCAUUGCUCGGCUCCAAGCGGCGCAGUUGCAGACUCACGAGCGUGCGCAAGAAGUCAAAUCGCAGCCCCUCAUCAAAAUCAGCACCGUCAAGAUGCUGGCCCAGGUCCUCCGUGGCUCACAGUUCGUCAGCAAAGCUACAGCCUGCGACAUCUUGAUCAGGAUCUUCGAGAAUUCGCGCCACAUCGAUAUCAAGAUUGCAGUGUUCGAGAGCCUCGCCGAGACGUUCACCACCACGACUGACAGGUCUUUGAGGAGCAAAAUCAGGGACUUGCUCCGUUCCCAAGUUGUGCCAAUCGCGGCCUCACUAGAUGAGCGACAUCCGAUGACGAUCGAGGACUGGGUCAAGGCCGAAGCAGAGACCAAGCUGCCUGAAAUCGGGAACACAUCCACAUUCCAACGGCCUCUCCUCCAGCUUCUCCUCGACACUGGGAUUAAGACCGGCCUGGAUCGUGACUGGAAACGGGACUGGCAAGCUAACAUAUUGGAACCUCUUCUUCUCCAGUCCAUCGAAAAUUGCCGCCGCUGGCUCGUGCUCUUCCAGAAGAUGAACUCCCUUAGCCUGCCAGCUGGAGAAUCCCUUCCCUCUGUUCCCGUUGUCAUCGAUAUGUACUACCAUAUCCUCCUUCAUUGGCCCGAUUUUAUUAGUGCCCACAUCUUCAAUCUCGUUCGUACAUUCAUCAUGGCCGAUCUCUUCCCGCCGCCCGGCAUCGCCGCCAUCACCAGGGCCAUUUGCAACGACCGCAGCUUGUCUGCCUCCAACGCAGGCCGGUUUUGGCUGUCUCGGUUCGGGCGCUCCUUCAGUCUUUCCAGAGGCGUAGACACCGUUGCCUCUUUGCUCAACAGGCCCACCAGCUUCUGGGCGAACUGCCCCGCUGAUGGUCUCACGGUUCCGCUGCUGAGAGACACCGUCAUGCCUAUAGCCGAAUCCCUGCUUGCUGACGGCAAUAUCCCUGCUCUUAACUCCCUCGUGCAGUAUCUCACCAGACUCCCGGAAGGAUACACGUACGAGCGCCUAGAGCGCCUGGACUGCCGCUCCGCGUUCCUGACCAACACCCUUCCCAUCCUCCGGCAUAUUGUUUCCCGCAUCGACGCCCUUCGCACGCCUCAAUGGCAAGCCGACCCCCACAGACGGCCUCACCGCCUCCCACCUACGCUCCCGUACCGACUACACAUGCUCUCCUUCCCAUCCACCUCCUUCCACCCGUCAUCGUCCCCCGCCCCGGACACGGAGAUUAAAACAUUCGCGGAGGAACUCAUGGUCCUGAUCGACGAGCUUACGUCCCGAAGUUUACCGUACCUCGACGACUGGGCUGCGGUCAAAGCGGCCGCCACGCGCAGCCCGGUGCACCGGUCCGACUUUUCAAGAAUUGCGCUGGCGCUGGCUGAGGACGUCACGGACGGCGCGCUGCUGGGCGGCCGCGAGACGACCACGGCAGAGUACCUGCGUGUGGGGCUGGCGUUGGAUAUGGUGCUGGACGCGGAGGAUCCAAGGGACGACAAGGUGGUAAGGCGGGUCAGGGACUUGCUUGUGCUGGAGUGGGCGAGGAGUAGAGUCGAGAUGCUGAGGGAAAGGGCGAGGAAUGUGAUCGAAAGGUUGCGAGGCAAGGGUGGUAGGCUUGGGAAGAGUCUGGAUGAAAUCAUGGAUGGGCUGGGGGUUGGGAGGGGCUUGAGGCAUUGAAGGCCCGGGUGACGGCGACUGAGCAGUGAGGGGUUGGACUUUUGAAGAAGGAGGAGCAGGCUGGCUUGAAGGCACGGGUUCAGGGGAGUAUUAGGAAGGGGCAGCUGAUUGAGAGAGCGAUCGCAGGCAUGAGCUCGAGUCUAAGUGAGGUUCUUAGUUCCUUGGAAAAUCUGCAGCCUAACCCAUCUAUGAGCCUAUCAAUCCAAUCCGAUUUCUCACACUUGCAGGGGACAGACUCGCUAGAGACUCGCCAAAGCAUCAGCGACAACCUCUUGGAGCGUAUGCCCCUUCAGCCCAAGCCUGUCAUUAAACAACUCUCCCUCCUUUUCAAGAUCACCC